UAUUGAGAGGCAAAAAUGAUUCAACUAAUUGUACGAAAUUCAAAUCAACAACCAGUUUUUAUACCAAACCGAUUGAAGGAUUUCAGUGAAGCUUACAUAUUUUGAGCUUCGCCUUCAUAUUGGUUAAAUGUUGCCUCUAUUGUCAUCCGAAGUUAAGAUUCCCAAAUAAUUUAGUUUUCCCUCUUCUCAUCUUUUCCCCUCUCAUCAUCAUCAUCAUCAUCCAUCUUUCUUAGUUUCUCUUCGUCGCCCACUCUCAUCUUCAUCUCCGUUCAAAACUUCUUAACGAUGGAUUACAAAUUAAUGGGUCUUGAUAUCAACAACUGUUAACAGCUUCUUCCAUAUGUGAUUUUAUUUACUAGCUUCGUUUGUAAAACUGUGUUAACAUGGGAGACUUUACAUUUUUUUGUGCUUCCAUUUUGUUUAAUUUAAUUUUAUUGGUUCAUACCCAUGGUCAUCACGGUCAUCAUGGUCACAGUCAUCACACUAAAGAGUUAAUCUCAUCAUCAACUUUACCACCUAGACCAGCAUUCACUUCACCAACAUCUCCACCUUCAAUACCAGAUCAUUUGGAUCCAAAGGUUUUUACUUUCACACAAAACAAUUCAUUUCUUCUAAUCAACUCAACUGAUUGUUGGCCUCCCCACAUUACAAGAUCUCUUAAUUUUAAAUUUAGGACUCAUCGGUCCAAUAGUUUGUUAUUGUUUCACUCAGUUAAUUCUGCCCCACCUGGCUAUCCCCUGUAUGAGUUUCAUAUGAUCUUGAAUCGCGGAGCUGUUGAGAUUGUUCACGAAUUUGGCUUGGCUUUAGAUAAGUUUACUAUUGGCAAGGGGUUUAAUGAUGAUCGUUGGCAUCAAGUAAACCUGACAAUUAUUGCCUCAGAGGCUAAAUUAAAGAUCAUUAUUGAUGGUCAAAUUGGAUCUAUAUUUGUACUUCGAUCUUUUUUGUCCCUCCAUCCAAAUGGUUAUCAACCUUAUGGCCAGUAUAAUCCGAAACAACCAAGUAUCUACGGAAAUAUACCAUCAAGCCUUUACUUUGGUGGACUUGAUCCAAACCUUCGUUAUGUUCAUAAACACCACCAUUCGCCUCGAUUCAUUGGUUGUUUGGGCAACAUUCAGUUCACUCAUAGCUCGAUUCUUUUUGUUGAUGUGCCAUUAAUAACUUCUGUUGGCCUGAAAACGGGUUGUAUCAAUCUGUGUCGAUCAAGUAUUCAAUGUUCCUUAGGAUCUUCAUGUGUCAAUCAUUACACUCAUUCAACAUGUGACUGUUUUGGUACUGAAUUUGAGGAUACCUGGUGUUCAGUGUCUCCAGUAACAGCAUUAACUCUCCGUGGCACCUCUUUCAUCACUUACACCGCCUUUAAUUGGACUGAGCGAACAGAAACUCUAAUGAAUCGAAUCAGUCUUCAUUUUCGUACUCGCUUUGAUGAUUCAAUGCUUCUCUAUGCUUAUGGUCUUUAUCCUGAUUUUAAUCAUGUUUUCUUGGAUCUAAUUGAGGGUAAGCUACGAUUUGAGAUUGACUUCGGUGAAGGCCCAUUAAGAGUGACCACCACAGGAAGUAAAUUGUCAGAUGGAGCCUGGCAUAACGUGACUGUUAUCCACGCUAAGAGAGAUGUUCACAUAAUAGUUGACGGUAUCACGCAUCGACUUCAUGUUAAUGGGCAACGAUUCUACCUUCACCUUGAACCAUACAUUUAUGUAGCUGGCUUACCUAAAUCAGUCGAGGUUCGUUCACUUUACCCAAAAAGCUUGGUGAGAUCAAAAUUCGUCGGUUGCCUGAAGUCAGUUUACUUUAAUCGAGAAGACAUUUUCUUGGGUCUCAGAAAGAAUCAGCCAAAUAUACGUUUUACUGGCCUUUUUGGUCCAGAAUUUGGCUGUUCUCCGGUGCCCAGUUUACCUAUUACCUUUCAAACUUCUCGAUCUUACUUGAAUGUAACCAAAACGUUCUCUAACGUACUUGAUCUUUUCAUGGAAUUUAAAACUCCCCAGCGAGAUGUCAUCCUUUCAUCAGGUCGAUUCCGUUUUGUAGAAGAACCAACAAGUCAUUUACUAUGGAUUUUACAUUUAAAAAAUUCGAUUCCCCAUUUUUCAAUCAUCGAUUAUGAUAAUGAUAAUUCAGAGAUUCAGCCAAUCUCAAAAACCUGGUCCUCGGGUAAACCAGUUAGAUUCUUGGCUGGUCAGUGGCAAAUGAUUGGUUUGUAUGGUCAAAGUUCAAAUUUAACCAUUGAAAUCAACAAUGAAUAUACCGUCAAAUACCAAUUCGAAGGGGAAAUGUCAUUCAAUAGUUACAUUAUUGUUGGUGCUCUUAAUGCUACUUUCAACAACUCAAAUGCUUACGGUUACGGUAUCAUGGGAUGUAUUCGCAACCUUGGUGUUGACCAUGAAACUGUUGAUUCUCGGAUAUUGUUGAACAAUCGAGCUCUUCAUUCAGGUCGUGUUGCUUUAGAUCAAUGUUCCUACAUAAAUCCAUGUGAUUAUCCGGGUGCCUGUGAACAUGGUGGCAAGUGUACAGUCAAUAAAGAGGGGGAUGCAGAUUGUGAUUGUACCGAUACAGGUUAUGCAGGGAAAACUUGUCACUUUGCUUUGUACAAAAGAACCUGUGAAGAGUAUUAUUUGCUUGGACAUCGUAAAAAUGGAACUUACAUGAUAGAUAUUGAUCGAAACGGACCUUUACCACCUGCUAGAGUUGAAUGUACAAUGUCAUUUAAGCGAACCGAAACCACCGUUAAUCACAAUUUGCCUGUUGAAUAUAUCGUUCGUAAAAAAGAUUUCCCCAGUUAUUAUAUCGAUAUUGAAUAUCGAGAGUUCAAUAAAGAAAUGUUGAAAGCUUUGAUUGGCCACACUAAAGGAUGUACUCAAGAAAUAAAAUACGGAUGUAGAAAGGCUCCUUUAAAUUUGGCGAAGGAAGCUUGGAUGAUUUCAGCCAGCGAUUGGCGACUUGAUUCAGUGGGAAGUAACAUUAGUGGUCGAUGUCCAUGUUCAACCGCUAUGAACUGUCAGGAUCCCCAGCGUUAUUGCAAUUGCGACUUUUUAGAUGAACGAGAGAAUGAAGAUUCUGGUGUUAUUGUUGAACCAGCUAAAUUGGCGAUAACUCGAGCGUUUUUCCUCGCUUCGCCCAAUUUAACUGAAGCCUCUGAGGGGCGGUUCACUCUAUCACCAUUGAAGUGCAUUGAUUUAAGUACCCAAGAGCACAUUGUAACGUUUAAAACCCGUCAAUCGUAUCUUGAACUUGAUGGUUGGGUUUCUGGAGAUUUGGCAUUCAGUUUUCGAACAACCGUUUCUUAUGGAGUGAUUCUUUAUCAAGCCCCUCUGUUUCCACACCAUGGCCGCUUUUUAGUCACUUUAAUUAGUCCUUUUGAAAUUUUAUUUGAAUACUCUGUUAAUGGUGUUCCUAGACAAUCGAAGCUUAUAUCAAGAAGUAAACUAAACAAUGGUCAAUGGCAACAAGUUUGGGUUGAUUAUGAAACGAGGCACAUGAGAUUUACUGUUAAUUUGGAUUCACUGAUGAUCGAUUUAGAUCGUAAUGAAAUGUUUGAUCUUUUUGAAGGACCUCUUUAUAUUGGCGGAGCACCUGAGUCAAAGCUUAAAGACAAAUCAUCUUUAGGCUUUAUUGGAUGUUUCCGCGGCCUGUUGAUUGCUGAGCGAAUUAUACCUUUGUCUAUUCCUGAAAGGGCUACUGAUAUUGAAUCCCGAUGUCAAGAGUCAUGCCAACCCAAUCCAUGCCAAAAUAAUGGACAUUGUAUUGAAAUGUGGGGAAAUUAUGAAUGUAUAUGUGCUAACCCAUUUGCUCAUUCUGGACGUAACUGCCAAGAUGAUGCCAACCUAAAUGGAUUAACAAUUAGCUCAGAUAAUGCUUUUGUUCACAUGAUGGUCCAUGGAAAUGAAACUCACCCGGUUCUUAACAAACGCAUUUCCUUAAGCUUCCGAACUUAUGAGGAUUCCGGAUUGGUUUUCUACGCAAAUGACCACCUCAACAACUUCAUUCAAAUUCAUUUAUUCAAUUUGAGUGUGAUUUUUACCACAAACAACUACCGCACUAUAGUCUCUGGGCGAGUUCGAGUUGGGCCUGAACUUAUCUCUGGGAAUCUAAUUCAAGUAUCAAUUGAAAGACGUCGUAAUUCAACCGUUUUGUCUGUAUACACUGGCUGUGAACGUAAUUGUUCAUUACCAAUUUCAGCUACCAUCAACAGUUCUCUCGGCCUGUUACAAGAAUAUUAUCAAAAGCCUUGGCAGUAUGGAGGAUCAAUGGAACUUGUUAGACCGAUUCGCUCUUUUAUUGCCUUGCCUCCGCAUACACAAUUUUUUAUUGGUGGAGUUGAUCCAAUUGUUGACCAUUCACUGCCUACUUUUAUUGGUUGCAUCUCUGGCUUGUUAAUCAAUCACACUCUUUUUGAUUUAGAACAAGCGAUUGAGGAAAGUUCAGAGAAAAGAGAGGAAAAGCACGUUUCUAUUAAUGGUAAUGUUACUGGAGGAUGUCAACGUGUCUGUGAUAAAAAACCCUGUGAAAAUGGAGGCAAAUGUCGUGAAAAUAUGAGAAUUGGUUCUAUUGAAGGUGUGAAAUGUCAAUGUGAGCAAACUUCUUAUCAAGGUCAUUUCUGCGAACAAGAUAUUGGUGUGCGAUUUGAUGGAUCAUCUGUUCUAACAUACAACAUUACCACAAUCGAUGUUGAACCUAAAAACGGAAUUUGCUUAGAGUUUGCCUUUUCAGCCGAGCCUGAAGCUUAUCCAUUCUUCAGUCAAAUUCGUCGACUCUUAUUAUUGUUUCAAAAAGAUGAUUGGUCGCUGCUUGUGAGUUUGCUGUCAUCCGGUGGAAUUUAUCUUCAAGAGUUUGAUGGAGUCAACAAAGCUUGGCGUAAAACAAUUUCAAGGCAACAACAUCAUUAUGCUGAUGGAUUCAGACAUUGGGUUGUUUACAAUCGAACAAAUGAUAAUGUCAAGCUUGAAAUUGAUGGUGCUGUUCAUGAAGUGGCUCUCAAACAAAACAUACCAAAAAUUGGUUCAUUAGGACCCAAACAGAUGAUUAAAGUCGGUGGUAAUCUAGAUUCUGACAAUUAUCUGGAUGAAUAUAGUACAUACAUCGGAUGUAUAUCAAAUUUGAGAAUCAAGGUUGGACCAAAGCAUCAACAGCUGAUCAAUCCGAUUGAAUCAGCUUUCGAAGGUGAUGACAAGGCUGAUGUCAUGCAAAACGGGAGUCACAUUUGGCAAGGAAUAAAACAACAAAGGUGUUCACGCUUCAAAAGUAUCUCUAAAUCUGUUUCAUAUGGUGUUAACCUUCCGUACGAGCUUCCUGAUACUAAAUGGUCUACAGAAGAGCCUGUUAAACAUCACAUACUAAAAACCAAAAGCCGUAAAAGUCCAGUUGAUCUGUACACAACUGAAUUUUAUGUAUUUUUUGGAUGCCUCAGUAUCUUGAUUAUUGUAUUAACUGGAAUAACCAUUUACAUGUGCAAAAUCCAAAGAUCAUAUAAAAUGAAUAAAUUCAGAGGAGAAACACCAUUUUUCAAUGCUCAACGAAAAGGAUCUCCAAAAAUACCUUAUACCCGAGUCUAUCAAAAUUAUGAAAAAAGAACUCCAGAAGCACGAUUAAUUUCGUUUAAAUCAACUGAAGGAAGAUCGAAAAUGACUGAACUGCAACCUUUACAUGAAACAUCUGAGGAAUAUGAUAAAGAAACUGACGACGCUGUUACUAUUAGACGAUUGAGUUCAGCAACUAAUGGUACUUAUGAUUGGUGCUUCAAUCAUCAUCAUCAUCAUCACCUUGUCACGACUUCUCAAGAGCUCAAUUGGGAGCCUGAUGUAGAUAAUACAAUGAUUCUUUCUGAAAUUAACGCCUCUGACAUUGAUCUUCGUCGUGGAUCUCUCGUGCCUUUGGCCACCUUAAGUGAACUUGCCAUUCCAAACAUCAUCAACUAGUCAUGCUUUAUUACAAGGCCCAAAUUAUACCAGUCAAUUUGUUAUUUAACGAUUUUAAAAGAAUGCAUUUCUUAUUUAUCAACAAUUAUCUUUGAUUUCUCAUCAAAUCACCAAAAAAUUUCAAAGUCAAUCAUACUUAUAAAUCAAUCUAUUCUUCAAGCAACUUCAUGUUACAUUGAGUGUUUAAGCUCAUUGAUUGUCAAGUGUCCUGUUAAGCAAUUGUUCAUUGAUGGUCUUUUGGAUGUAUUCUUGAGAAUCGAUGGUUCAUCAAUGACAAGUUUCGUCGAGAGGAAGUAAUGUAAUCAUCAUGAUAUCUUGUGUAAAUUUCUUGGUAACUUGGAUGGUUAUAUCAGCAAUUAACUCAUCGUGCUCAUGCCAGACAAGAUUCACUGCAACAGCCUGUUUUGGUGAAAAAAUAAUAAUUCUUAUUGUUCUCAUUCAUCAACAGAUUCUCCUAAUUACAGCUUAUGAUGGUUAAUCAAAGAUUACUGGCAUCAAUCAUCUUUACAAGAUUAAAUUACACUUGGAAUGAUGUCGAAAAAACUGGAGAAUCCAAUUUAUUUGAUCUUCUAUUAAUUUAGCUGAUUGAUAUAAAAACCUCAACCUCCCACCUUUAACCCCUAUUGAGCAGAUUAACAUGCAAUCGAGUCAUCAUCUUUUAAUCUCUAGUUAACUAAUAUAAAUGGAUCAAUUAGAUGACGUUUUGCCAAAAACAUUUAAUACUGUAGUAAUUUAAAAACUAAACAAAAGACGAGACACUGAAUGUAAAAUAAAUUAUGCCUUUGAGCGUUCAUCAACAAUCUAAAAA